AUGGUCCACCCCACCACCACCUGCUGCAAGACCUCCCAGGACGGCUCCUGCGUCUGCGCCGCGCAGGCUAAGUGCUCCUGCGGCCAGCAGAGCGCCCUGCACUGCAGCUGCAACAAGGCCGAUACCGAGAAUACUACUUCCGGACCUCGCUGCUCGUGCCGCUCUCGUCCUGCUGGAAAGUGUACCUGCGAGCGUGCUGUGACUGAGAACCAGGCUGUUGCUGGUGAGACUUGUCCUUGUGGCAGUCGUCCUCAGGAUUCCUGCACUUGUGAGAAGGCUGCUGCUGUGGACUCUGCUCUUGAGGUUGAUUUCACUAGCAAGGCUUAG